GCCUUGGUUUGAGCAUUUUAAACGGAUAUAUAUUUUUUUUAAAUUUGAAUUUUUUCCGGUGUUGAAACCUUAACGACAUCACGAAAAUAUUCAAUAUCGAUUCGUAGUGAUUUUUUUUUAUUGAAGUUUUGUUCAUUUAUUAAAAUAAUAAUUCGGAAAGCAGUCUUUUGUAGAGAGAAAAAAAGAAAUUGCACGAUUUCGUUAGUGAAUCGUUCCAUGAAUUUGAAAUCGAUUCGAAACGUGUUUUCUUGUAGUUGUUGUUGCUUUUUCCAUGCAAACGUAUGUGUAAGAUUGUGUAAAGUGCAUCAUAAAACUAAGUGAAGGAAAAGUCCGACACGAUAAAGAAAAAAACAACUCUUCGAAAGUUAUUAGAAAAUUUGAAAAAUCCGUACAUAGAGAAACAAUACGACCACCAUCAUGGUUUCCUCGAGUAAAAUGUUAAAUGUGCGCGUCACCACAAUGGACGCCGAACUGGAGUUUGCCAUCCAGCAAACGACCACCGGCAAACAGUUAUUCGAUCAAGUGGUUAAGACGAUUGGAUUACGCGAGGUUUGGUUCUUUGGACUUCAGUACACAGAUUCAAAGGGCGAUCUCACAUGGAUUAAACUGUAUAAGAAGGUGAUGAACCAAGAUGUGAAGAAAGAAAAUCCACUUCAAUUCAAAUUCCGUGCCAAAUUCUAUCCUGAAGAUGUUGCCGAGGAGUUGAUUCAAGACAUUACCCUUCGUUUGUUCUAUUUGCAAGUAAAGAAUGCAAUUUUAUCAGAUGAAAUUUAUUCACCGCCCGAAACAUCGGUGCUAUUGGCAUCGUAUGCGGUGCAAGCGCGACACGGUGACUUCAAUAAAAACACACACAAUCCCGGUUUUUUGUCGAACGAUCGCUUGUUGCCGCAACGUGUUAUUGACCAACACAAAAUGUCAAAAGACGAAUGGGAACAAUCGAUUAUGACAUGGUGGCAAGAGCACAAGGGAAUGCUUCGUGAAGAUGCGAUGAUGGAAUACUUGAAAAUUGCUCAGGACUUGGAAAUGUAUGGUGUCAAUUACUUUGAAAUUCGCAACAAAAAAGGCACCGAACUCUGGUUGGGUGUUGAUGCAUUAGGUUUGAAUAUCUAUGAAAAAGACGAUAAACUAACACCCAAAAUUGGUUUUCCAUGGUCCGAAAUCCGUAACAUUUCGUUCAAUGAUAGAAAAUUCAUCAUCAAACCGAUCGAUAAGAAGGCGCCCGAUUUUGUGUUCUUUGCACCACGUGUUCGCAUCAAUAAACGCAUUUUGGCCUUAUGCAUGGGUAACCAUGAAUUGUAUAUGCGACGCCGUAAACCGGACACAAUUGACGUGCAACAAAUGAAAGCACAAGCACGUGAAGAAAAGAAUGCCAAGCAACAGGAACGUGAAAAAUUGCAAAUGGCAUUGGCCGCACGUGAACGUGCCGAAAAGAAACAACAGGAAUACGAAGACCGUUUGCGUGCCAUGCAAGAAGAGAUGGAACGAUCACAAGCCAAUUUGAUCGAAGCACAGGAUAUCAUUCGUCGUCUUGAAGAACAAUUACGUCAAUUGCAAGCUGCCAAGGAUGAAUUGGAAUUGCGUCAAAAUGAAUUACAAGCGAUGUUGCAACGUUUAGAAGAUGCCAAGAAUUUGGAAGCGGCCGAACGUCAAAAAUUGGAAGAUGAAAUCAGAGCCAAACAGGAUGAAGUGCAACGCAUCCAAGACGAGGUCAACAUUAAAGACAGCGAAACAAAACGCUUGCAAGAAGAAGUUGAAGAAGCCCGUCGCAAACAAGACGAAGCUGCUGCUGCUUUGUUGGCUGCCACAGCUACACCAAAACAUCAUCAUAUUACCGAAGACGAGGAGGAGAUGACGAAUGGUGACCACAGUGGCGAUGUAUCAAGAGACUUGGACAUUGACGAAAACAUCAAAGAUCCAGUUGAGGAUCGACGCACACUUGCCGAACGCAGUGAACGUUUGCAUGAUCAAUUGAAAGCACUUAAACAAGAUUUGGCACAGUCCAGAGACGAAACGAAGGAAACUGUCAACGAUAAAAUCCAUCGCGAGAACGUUCGUCAGGGUCGUGACAAAUAUAAAACAUUGCGUGAAAUCCGUAAAGGAAACACAAAACGUCGUGUCGAUCAAUUCGAAAAUAUGUAAACAAUUCCAACAACUUAGAUCAAUCGAACACAGAGCAUGCGAGAACGUGCCCUUCCGUAGCACGUUGAAUUUCUUGAAACAAAUCGAAACAAAUUUCAAAUCAAAACAAAACUAAACACAUUUCAAUUUUUGCUACAAUAAUUAUAAAAAAAAACAAAUAACAAAAUAAUAAUAUUUUUCUAAAUAGCAAUAAAUCUUUCAACAGAUCAUUGAACAUAAUAUUUUCUUGCAUCUGAUUUGAUAGGAUGAAGCCGCUUAUGCUAUAUGAUAAUUUAAAUGAAAAAAGAUAUGAUGAAAAACACUCGGUUGAAAAUUAAUAUCAAUUAAAAAAAAAAAACAAAAAAAAAACAAUUGUAUAAAAAAACGAAUCGAAUAAUAUCAAUGAUUAUUCUAUAUCAAACGAUUUUACAAAUGGAAAAUGUUAUGUGUCUAAUGGGAAAAAAGUGAAUUUAUCAUGAGUCGCAUUCCACACUUUUGCAUUUUGGCUUGGUUCGACACCAGCGCAAAGUACGAUCACUACAACUUUUUUUCUCUAUACUAUUCUUUUCAUUUUAAUUAAAAUAAAGUUUUUGUUGUACAUUUCAUUCUCUUUAAUCUUCUUCUUCUUUUUUUUUUGUUUGGUACAAAAUUGCAUCCUAAUUGCAUUUGGUAUUUGUUCUAUCUUCACACACCUAUUGAUAAAACUAUUUACGAACUAUCAAAGGAUUAUCUGAAUAAUUACUAUAAUAUAAUCAAUGCCUUUACGAAAACGUUACUUUUCGAAAUUAUCUUCAGUUUACAUUUGAACAAUUAAAAGAAAAACCAGUAAAGUAGCUUAUUAGUAUUAAAAUGAGAAAAUUUACUAAGAUUAGGAUACACUCUUGGUAGAUGUUCCAUACAAGUGACAAUUGACAGUAUUUGCGGCUCUAUUUCUGUUUUUCUUACGGCCUAUUGUAGCACUUUAUUACAAUCAUCAUUUCUUUUACUGGCAACAUUUUGCAGGCCAGUUACACUAGAAAAUAUAUAUAUCAUUUUCCGACGCCUGAUUCAAAUGUUUACUUUGUCUCUUUUUUGGAAUGAAAUCGCAAAUA